UAUUUCUUGUCUUAACUUUAAAAGCCUCUCUUUUGUUAUUAUGGCAACUGAAACUACAACCACAUUUGACUCUAAUGAGAUCUUUGUCGUAUUUGUCCUAGGCGGACCUGGCUCUGGAAAGGGAACCCAGUGUGCUUACAUCAAACGAGACUAUGACUUUGUUCAUCUUUCCGCUGGUGAUCUUUUACGUGAGGAGCAACAUCGCCCUGGUUCGGAAUACGGUGAAUUGAUCAACAAUUAUAUUCGUGAGGGUGAAAUUGUACCUAUGGAGGUGACUAUUCUAUUGUUGGAAAAGGCAAUGAAAGAGAGCAGAGACACCGAAAACAAGACUCGGUUUCUUAUUGAUGGAUUCCCCCGCAAGAUGGACCAGGCUAUUAAAUUUGAGUCUACGGUCGUUGAAUCCCAGUUUACUCUUUACUUUGAAGCAUCAGAAGAGACUUUGCGGAAACGAUUGUUGAAACGCGGAGAAAGCUCAGGUAGAAUUGAUGACAACUCUGAAUCUAUCAAGAAGCGUUUCAAGACCUUUGAAGAGACCAGUUACCCAGUUAUUGAAGACUUUAUGGCUCGAGGAAAAGUUCGCAAGAUCGAUGCUGAGCAGUCGAUUGAAGAAGUGUUUGAGGAAGUAAAGAAGAUUUUUGAGACUGCGUUUUAAAUUCUUUUAAAUACAAGAUUUCUACUUCAAAUUCAGACUAUGUUAGUUUUUUUUUUGGACGAAUAAAAGUUACAAUUUAGACAAUG